AUUGAACCAAACUCUUAGUAAACAAGUAGAGACUUUUGCGGUCAAUAAUUUUACAAAUUAUACUAUAGGAGUUCAUUUAAGAGAGAAAAAAGCAACACGUGGAUUAAUAACACCCAUAGAACAUUUCAGUGAAACAGUGAAAUUGUUGAUGUUAGGAAUGAAAAACAUGAAUAUAACAAUCUUUGUGGCUGCAGAUUCUAAUAUUGGUCGUGAAAAAUUAGUAAAUUUACUUCAUGAAAUAACUACUUAUAACAACAAUUCCAUUAAGAUAGUUCAUACUAAUGAUGAUAUGGAUGUGAAAAACCCUUAUAAUACGAACACUGGUACGGAAGCAGGAGCUCUUACCGAUAUGAAGUUGCUUAGUUUAUGUGAUGACUUGGUGAUUACAUAUGGUUCAUCAUUUGGUUUCGUUACAUCAGCAUGGUCAUUAAAAGCGUCUCGUCCAAGAGGUCCAUUUGUUGUAAUGCCAAUAAAAAACUCGAGUAAAGAUUUCGAUGAUGCGCUUAAGGUUUGGAUGUGGGGCGCUACAGCGAGUGAGCCUUGCAUGUACCUAAGCAAGUGGGUAAUUGACAAAGAAGAUAAGGAAAUUUCUAAGACUUUUAAGUCUAAUCCGUUAUGGAUGCAUUAUAGUCAAUGCCAUUGGCCGUUAUAG